GUGCUACCACGCCUCUGGCGCAGGCGCGGUGGUUUGUGUGGCGGUGUCUGCCUGGGCGAAGUUCCCUGGGAUUACGGCACAAGCGCACCCCUGUGCCGGGGUGUCAUGGAAGGGCUGCUGACAAGAUGCAGAGCACUGCCCUCCCUGGCUACCUGCAGCCAUCAACUCUCGCAGUAUGCUCCUCAGAGGUUUCACCACUGUGCCCCCGGGAGAGGGAAGCGCUUGGUGCUGUCCCGCAUGUUCCAGCCCCAGAAACUUCGGGAAGACCAGGUGCUCUCUCUUGAGGGCAGAUCUGGUGACCUGACCUGUAAGAGCCAGCGGCUGAUGCUGCAGGUGGGCCUCAUCCACCCGGCAAGCCCCGGAUGUUACCACCUCCUGCCUUACACUGUCCGCGCCAUGGAGAAGCUGGUGCGGGUGAUAGAUCAGGAGAUGCAGACUAUCGGGGGACAGAAGGUCAACAUGCCCAGCCUCAGCCCAGCAGAGCUAUGGCGAGCCACCAACCGAUGGGACUCAAUGGGCAGGGAGCUGCUGAGACUUAGAGACAGACAUGGCAAGGAAUACUGCUUAGGACCAACCCAUGAGGAAGCCAUUACAGCCCUGGUCGCCUCCCAGAAGAGACUGUCCUACAAGCAGCUCCCGUUCCUGCUGUACCAGGUGACGAGGAAGUUUCGGGAUGAGCCCAGACCCCGCUUUGGUCUUCUCCGCGGCCGAGAGUUUUACAUGAAGGACAUGUACACCUUCGACUCCUCCCCCGAGGCCGCCCAGCUGACCUACAGCCUGGUGUGUGAUGCCUACAGCAGCCUGUUCAACAGGCUGGGGCUGCGAUGUGUCAAGGUCCAGGCUGAUGUGGGCAGCAUCGGGGGCACAAUGUCCCACGAGUUCCAGCUGCCGAUGGACGUUGGAGAGGACCGACUUGUGCUGUGUCCCAGCUGCCACUUCUCUGCCAACGUGGAGACUCUGGACUCGUCACGGACCAACUGCCCUGCUUGCCAGGGGCCACUGACUGAAACCAAAGGCAUCGAGGUAGGGCACACGUUUUACCUGGGCACCAAGUACUCCUCUAUUUUUAAUGCCCAAUUCACUAAUGUCCACGGCAAGCCCUCCCUGGCUGAAAUGGGGUGUUACGGCUUGGGCGUGACACGGAUCUUGGCUGCUGCCAUUGAAGUUCUCUCUACAGAAGACUGCAUCCGCUGGCCUGGCCUCCUGGCCCCUUACCAAGUCUGCCUCAUCCCCCCCAAGAAGGGCAGUAAGGAGGAGGCGGCCGCAGAGCUCGCGGGGCAUCUUUACGACCGUAUCACAGAGGCGGUGCCACAGCUCCAAGGGGAGGUCCUACUGGAUGACAGGACUCAUCUGACCAUUGGAAACAGACUGAAGGAUGCCAACAAGUUCGGCUACCCCUUUGUAAUCAUCGCUGCCAAGAGGGCCCUGGACGACCCUGCACAUUUUGAGGUUUGGUGCCAGAAUACCGGAGAGGUGGUUUUCCUUACCAGAGAGGGAGUCCUGGAAUUACUGAGCCAAGUGCAGGUUGUCUGAACCAUCCCCGGGACCCCUCCCACUAUAUCUCACAGCCUUGGUGUUCACUGAAACGCUGCCUUUCCUGUACUGCUUUCCGGAGCCGGUCUCCCCAGAAACAGAGCAGCUUGUGGAAAGUGAGACCAUGUUAGGAAAGCCAGUUGUAGUCAUUUGUUCGGACUAUUUGUAUUUAAAGUUGUUAACUUGAUCCCUUUGUCUGGGCUGGCCGUGCCGCCACAUACCCUAUCUUUCAUAUUCCACUGUGGAAGCUUCUGUUUGGAGGUAGUGGCUGGAAGGAGCCAAGUUGUCAUCUUGGCCCUCAGGAGAGUCACUUCCCUUCUCUCAGCAGUUUCCUACACCACAUGUAGGUUGGGGGCUUCCUGAUGGCCGGUACCCUCCCAGCUCCAGCAGUCUAACCUUGGGCCUCUUGCUGCCUUCAGUCCAGAGAGGCAGCCUGCCAGUCUUCCUCCUCUGAGAAGUGGGCUGAGGGUCUGGGGACAAGAAUCAGGACACCUGGCUGCCACCGACUCACCAGUGACUUGGACAUGACCCCCUCCCCUGCUGGGGCCUUCGAGUUUCCCCAUCUGUGAUGUGAGAAAAUGGAACUAGAUCUGUAAAGUCCUCACAGCUGACUGGCUUGUUCCUCGAGAGGUUCAUGACAGGCAGAUCUGGUUCCUCUGAUCCUCCAUCGUUUAAACUACCCGGAAAAUGAAAACAAUUGGCUAAUGGCCCCCAAACCACCUCCAGAGACCUGGCUGUCCCUCUUAAGUUGGCCUGGCACUGAGAUCAUGUUAUAUUGAUUGAAUAAAGUCAGACUAUUGGGGUGAGGUUUGCAUGUUAAUUGGAAACAGUGGUAACACCUGCCAAGUUAACAGUGCAGCAGCUUCUUGCCUGGAAACUCCUUUUUCUACUUCUCCACUGGAUAAAAGAAAAAAUUGGGUGACUGGAAAAUGCGUGUUAUACCAUUUCUUCCCUCAAGUGUCUGCAGGCUUCCAGUGCUACAGUGACUGCCCUGGCUGCAGAGUUGGAUCCUAGAGCCAUGCAUGAUGGAGGUGAAUUAUUAGUAGAGGGUCACUGCCUGAAUGCUGGGGAGAACUGGCAGCAAGCUUGAGCUUUCAUUGCUCCUGCCCCCAGGAGCAGGAUCAGCUUCUCCAUCCUCAGCCCCUGCUGUCACGGCUUGUCCGUACCUAAGGAGAAUCUUUCAGGGCUAAGCUCAAAGCCAUCACCUCCUGAAACAUGCUCGGCAGCUCCUGGCAACGGUUUCUGUCUUUGGCAUCCCCUGUCUCUCCUACUAGUACUGACACCUUCUCACUCGGCGCGCACAGCUCACUGUAUGGCUGCUAGCCUCUUGUCAUUGAUGGUCAGCUCCCUGAGGCUGGGGUCCUAGGCUGACUCCUAGUGUACUGAAGUGUUGUCUUGGCCUGUUGUUCUAUCUGCCAAACAGCUUCCCAGCAGCUUGUGACCCCUGAUCCUGCCAGAGUAACCUCACCCCCAGCACACACCAUCAGGGUUCCUAAUGAAUGUAGACACCAGGCCCUAAUGACUCCCAGGCUACCACUGGGCUCUGGGCCAGCAUUCAGGCCAGGAGACGGGAUUCUGAGAGCAAACCUAGAGAGGCUGGAUUGUAAGACAAGGCUCCUACUCUUGGGUGCACAAUGGAAUCCCCUGGGUCCCACCCCAAGGUUCUGUUCUGGGGUGUGGCUUGGGCGUCAGCAGUUAUUAAAAUUCCCGAUGAUUCUAAUUCACCAACGUUGUGGAACAUCCUCUGAGCCCACUUUGCAGGGUUGAAUGUUUGAGUCAUUUCAGUUGUGCAUUAUCAGGUUGACGUGAGCUCUCUGCUUUCAGCACUUAUAUAUACUAUAUUCAGAUCUUAAAACUGUGCAAGGCAAGUGCUGUGAAAUCCUCAUUUUACAGAUGAAGAAACUGGAAGCUCCAUUUAAGCAGUUUAAGAAUGCACAGCUAUUAAUGUAUCAGAGCUAGAAUCUGGGUACUGACCAAAACCUGUGCCUGUCUCACUAUACUGCAUGGCCUCUGCCUGGACAAAAUGAUUGCAGUAAGUAAAAUGGAUUAUGUAUGUCUGAUCAACUUAGCCUGAAGUAGAGAAAUUAGAAUUACGUGCAAAUGAGCACUUUCAAUAUUUUUUUAAAUUUAAAUUUGUGCUACAUAAGCAUACUUUAUGGAAGGCUAGCCUAAUGUAAGAAUAAGCACUUCUAAAAAUCAGCUUCAGGGAAUAGGGAACUAGUUAAUUUAAAACUCUCAUAAAUGUGUAUGAUAUGGAAUGAUUUUAGGGUAAGGUAGAAUCAUGGAACUUUAGAACAGGAGAGCUUGCAGCCUGCUUGUCCAGCCCUCACUUCACAGAUGGGAGACAAGCCUGCAGUGGGAAUUAACCUGCUGCAACCCAUCUGACUGGCAAAACUGCCUGAUUGCAGACCAGGUGCUGCAUCUCCUGAAUUAGGCUACCUCGGGUAAAUCUUGUUGCCGGGAGUGACGGCUGGUUGAGUCAGCAUUUGAGCUACAGGGGCCUUUAUGUUUGAAAGAGAUACCCAUUUUCCAAGGGAGACGCAUACAAGGAGCACAGUUAUUUGCUCAACAUCCAGCUGAACUGAAACCCAGGUGUCUUGAUGACUUAUCAAGUGUUUUUUACGGUAGCCAGGGGCAGUAUAAUUUGGUGGAAAGAUUAGGACCUUGAAUAGACAAUCAGUUCUCCACUUAGCAGGUAUAUGAUCAUAGACAAAUAACUCGUCUUUUGUGCAUCUCAGAUUCUUCAUCUGUGAGAUGCUUUCACAAUGGCACCCACGCUUCCUUGGGUUGUCUGAGGGUUGGCUGAGCUGACUUAUAUGAAAAGCUUAACCCCUAGUGUGCUUUCUGGAACUAUGAUGACUUGCAUGGGAUGACUUAGGAAAUAAUCCAUUGGGAGCUCAGGUUCUGCUGUUAACAUCGAGACCUGGGUUUUGUUUGUUUGUUAUGUUGCUUCACAACUUUCCUGGGGAGUGGCACGAACAAGAAUUAAGUGACAUCUGCAGAAUGGUUCCAUCUCCUUAGAGGAAAGACAGAAAUAUUCAAACCGUGUACAUUCCUCUAUCCUUUCUGAACUUGCCAACAUUACUUCUUGCCAUAAAUUGAUGAAAUGGGGUUGCUGGCAAAAUAACAGGUACAGGCUGUAUUAUCAUUGCUCAUUCCUUGGGGAGAUGGAGAAGCAACUGGCUGGGAAAUAUUUAACAGAAUUAAUACUUGGGGACAAAGGCUGGUGUAUAACAAAACCAUCGUGUAAAUCAAGCCUCGAAUGUAAAUCAAGGGCCCCGUUAAUAUUCGGUGUUUUAAUGGAAGAAACACCUGCUGGGCUAUCAAUAAAGGAGCU